UUUGUGCAGAUAGUAAUAAGCUUUGUGUUCUAAUUUCUGCAAGUGAUGAAAAAUGUGCUCCAUACUUUAUCUUCUUUAUAUUGCAUGAGUUAUUAGCACAUGCACUUUGAUAUAUUUUGACAUAUUUACCGACAGCAGUAAACAAUUUAUUCCCUCCUGAAAGAGAUGAUUCUGCAAGGUAAUUUAUGGCAGUCAUGUAAAAUUUUUUUUCGUAUUUAUUGGUGGUAGCUCAUGUAGUUUGUAACGUUUUUUGAAUGAGUUUCUGAAGUAUUUCUGUAAAUGUCUUCUUCCGCAUGAAGUUAAUUGCUACAGAGUAACACUUUUUUUUUUUUUUUUUGUAACCGUCAACAGAAUAACACUUGUCAGAACGGAAUUAGAAAAUUUCCUGUCCAAUUGAGUCUUCACUUUUAUAAUUAUAAGAUAAGACAAUUUAGGAGAAAAAUUUAAUUUUUAAAUUGAAGUAAGUCAGAUAUUGUAAUAUUUCUUCGCUGCCGCCUCCCCUCAUUUAUUGAAAAUGUUGCACUCAGACUAUCGCUCUCUAAUUAUAUUGAACUACUUCUUGAAUUUCGACUUGUCAAAAGUCAUUAUCAACAUUCAUGAGAUUUAUUGCAUGUUAAUAUGCAGAAAUUACCCACCUACUUUAAUGCAUGUUUUAUCCUUCAAAUUUUUUUCAUUGUCUUUUGUUUUUUGUUUGAUCUUUGUUUUAGCUUUUCUGUUUUAGUUUGUAGUUUUCUCCUACCUUCUUUGAUUGAUGUUUGGCAGAAACUAAAAUUUUAAAAGCAACUUACAGUUAGCGAAGAGUCCCCAUCUCUUUCUUCAGUUAUCUCUGUCAGUGUUUAUUAUCUCAAGCAAGUAAUCAUCAUGUUUAUUCCUCACCCAUGUGCGUAAUGCCUGUUUUUGAUGAUUCCAAAUGUAUCUAUUUUUAUUACAUAAUCAGUAACUCUUUCUUUCACACCAUCAAUAUCUUAUCUAGAAUUUUCCUUAUCUGCGGCCCAGCCUGCUUUCACUACAAAUCAGAAAUCAGCAAAUCAUUCCAGACAACACCUCAGUUUAGUUACGUUGGUUUUUUAUCAGUGCUUUUAUGUCUUGCUCAGUUUUUUUUCAUUUUUAAAUCAAGGUCUUAAGAAUCCAAACGGUUGGAUCAGAAUACAGAAAAGUCUUUUUCACCUGUAUUAUUGUUUUUUCUGGUUUCUCUUCUGUGGCAUAUUUUAAUUUCAUUCAUUGGUGUUUUAAUUUUACAGUAUGUCUGUGAUAAAUUCAAAAUUGAAUCUGUUGCUGAAUAAUUGUAGUGCUUUGAAAGGAGUAUGCAGCAGGCACAUGGCGCUUGGAGUUUUACCAGAAGUUCAUCAAAUGCUGAAAAAAACAUGCAGAGAAUUUGCUGAAACUGAAUUGAAGCCAAUUGCUGCCAAACUUGACAAAAACCAUGAAUAUCCAGCUGAGCAGAUAAAGAAAAUGGGAGAGCUUGGUCUAAUGGGAGUCAAUGUAAAUGAAGAAUAUGGUGGUUCAGGUCUGGAUUCUCUGGCCCUUUCUAUCGCAGUCGAAGAAAUUUCAAGAGGCUGCGGAGGCACAGGCGUUAUUAUGAGUGUUCAUAAUACUUUGUACGCAAAUUUCUUAGAUAAAUACGGAUCAAAAGAGCAGAAAGAAAAAUACUUGCCAAAGUAUGUCGAUGGAACCCAUGUCGGCUGCUUUGCUAUCAGCGAACCAGGUAGUGGAAGUGAUGCAGCAUCCAUGCUAGCCUCUUAUAAAAAAGAGAAAGAUUGUUGGAUAUUGAAUGGGACCAAGGCCUGGGUCACAAGUGGAAUUGAAGGCAAAGCUGUUGUUGUGUUUGCAAAUGGUGACCGAUCAAAAGGUCAUCUUGGAAUUUCUGCCUUCAUCAUCCCUAUUCCGACUGAGGGUCUAUCGCAUGGAAAGAAAGAAGAUAAAUUAGGAAUCAGAGCAUCAUCUACUUGCAAUAUUAUAAUGGAAGAUGUGCGCAUUCCGCUAGAAAAUUUGGUUGGUAAAGAAGGUGAAGGCUUCAAAAUGGCUUUGGCGACAUUAGACAGUGCAAGAAUAGGAAUUUCUUCCCAAGCGUUGGGAAUUGCUCAAGCAGCUCUUGACUGCGCCAUCGAUUAUGCAGAUAAGAGGAUCGCUUUCAACAAGCCGAUCUUGAAGCUUCAGGCAGUACAGCUACGGUUAGCAGAAAUGACCACUCGUUUGGAGGCCGCCAGACUCAUGACGUGGAAGGCUGCAGCAAUGAGAGAUGCCGGACUCAGAUUUACAAAGUAUUCUUCCAUGGCUAAAUAUACUUCUUCAGAAGCUGCCACUUUUGUUACCCACAAUGCCAUUCAGAUCUUAGGUGGAAUGGGUUACGUGACAGAUAUGCCAGCAGAAAGACACUACAGAGAUGCCAGGAUAACAGAAAUAUAUGCUGGUGUUACAGAUGUACAAAAACUAGUCAUAGCCGGUCUUCUUGCAAAAGAGUAUGGUUUGGAAGUGCGAUAAUGCUUGCUAUUCACAGGGUUUUCUUUUUUCAUGUGCCUGUUUGAUGUGCUUACAUUUCACUAAUUUAUUACACCCAUUUUAUGUUUUUACCAUAAGUUAUUUUGUAUAUAGUCUGAUUAAAACUUAAUUUUUAAAAAA